AGGGCCGAUGGACGCCUUCAGCACCAAGAGCCUGGCCCUGCAGGCCCAGAAGAAGCUCCUGAGCAAGAUGGCGUCCAAGGCCACCGUGGCCGUGUUCAUCGACGACACGAGCAGCGAGGUGCUGGACGAGCUGUACCGCGCCACCAAAGAGUUCACACGCAGCCGCAAGGAGGCCCAGAAGGUGCUCAAGAACCUGGUCAAGGUGGCCGUGAAGCUGGGCGUCCUGCUCCGCGGCGGCCAGCUGGACGGCGAGGAGCUGGCCCUGCUGCAGCGCUUCCGCCAGAGGGCGCGCCGCCUGGCCAUGACCGCGGUCAGCUUCCACCAGGUGGACUUCACCUUCGACCGGCGCGUGCUGGCCGCCGCCCUGCACGAGUGCCGGGACCUGCUGCACCAGGCCGUGGGCACGCACCUGACCGCCAAAUCCCACGGCCGCAUCAACCACGUCUUCGGCCACUUGGCCGACUGCGACUUCCUGGCGGCGCUCUACGGCCCCGCCGAGCCCUACCGCUCGCACCUGCGCCACAUCUGCGAGGGCCUCACCAGGAUGCUGGACGACGACAGCAUAUGACCUCUGGGCCUGGGUUUGCUGCGGGGGCGGGGGCGGCUCCAGAACCUCUUUUCUCCCGUCCAAUUCUGGCCAAAUCCCCAGGACAGGUGCCCGUCCCCUCGGAGAGGAUGCUAAUCCGUG